CUCAGGAACCAAGGUUGUGUUGCCUUUGUCUUCAUACACGCUCUUCCCUUCACACGGGACUAGUGCUGUGCGGCAGAAGUGGCUCUUGACGCCCUGCUCUAGUAUUCCUAGUCUACAGUGACAAUUCCAACGUGGCUCUUCAGGUAAUAUAGAGGGGCUUGUGGAAAAAGGCUCUGCUAGUUGCUCUGGACAUUGGGCCAUGUCGACAGAAGUAGACUACAAACAUCCAAACUCUUCAGUUUUACUACAAGGAUGAACUGUUGCAGUUUGAAACUUAAUGCCGCAUCUGCUCCCCAACAUGCAUCCGCCUCACUCAUGCUUGCGGCACAGAAGGAAAUGGCCCGACUACUAAAAUGGACACUGAGACAUUUAGCAGACUGGAGAAGAUGUGGCGAGAUACCAGUGCAACACUGAAUAAUAAUGCCGUGAUGCAGGC